CUUUGCAGCCAGUGCUCUAGACUAGCAUGCUUGUAGUUUUAUGCUGCAAAGUUUUAUUUUUAUCUGAUGUACAUCAUUAAGGAAAGAGCUGUCAGCAGAACUGAUGAUAAGCAGGAAAAAUGCAUGAGCAAGGACUCUUACACUGUGUUUAGAGCCUAAUUUGGUGAAUUCCACACCACAUUUUGCAUUAAAUGCAGAAAGUUUAAGAGCUUUGGUAAAGUGGGGACUUCUUUGUCAAGGGAACAGCCGUGAUUGUCAAACUGUCGCCAGAGUAGAAGCACUUAUGAGGCCCCAUAGGCCGUCCCCUUUAUUAUCAGUAAAUCAAAAAUGUCCCAGAUCCUCACAGCGCUGCUCUUUGAGGUUUGAUAAAAGCCAGCAAAGUGUCCCGAAAACCCAGAGCAGUACAAAGAUUCACUGUGGGAUCCUGUUACAUGAGACAAGAGAUGAGGGGAGAUAGAUGCAGACACACACAGACACAACGGUUUAACUAAUGUGGGGUUUGAGGACCAAUUUUGAAAAGCAGGAUGAGCAACCACACCAGUUUAACACUUGAGGAAACUGUGGGAUCAUUUUGUAACUUUAAAUGCAGAAUUCAUCUUCAUAAAAUGUUCUUCUCCAUCAUUUCACUGGCCACAGAGAUGCCCACACACAAACACAGACUGCAGCCCACCCCCUCCUCCCCUCUGUGUCAGCAUAUGUGUGUGUUCCAAAAUAAAAGCCCUUGACGUUGGUCUGCGCCUGCUGUCCUCCACAGCUGGAAGUGUGAUUUGCUCGGCGUCAAUCUCAACAACACACCCCUCCUGCCCCUCCAUCCUGCACAGGAAAUUACACUUCCCACUCACUUGCCAUGAGCAGAAGUGUGUGUGUGUGUAUGUGUGUGUCCUUGCACAUGAUCACCUGUCUGUUUCUAGUGCUUUAUGUGCGCGUGCAUGUGUUUGUGUGUGCGCACGUGAGGCUGCCAAAUGUGUUUUCACUCUGUGUGUGACAUGAGGGGGGAGGGGCAGAGGGAGGUUCUGAGUAGAAACAGAGCGUCCGAUGUUUCAUAUUACACUCCUCGGCUGGGGAAAAAAAGAGAAGAAGAAGCGGAGAAGGAGGAGGAAACCUGGGGCUUCUUUUCUUUAGAGGCAUUUAACUGGGAGUUUAUGGAGGCUGCAGCCGUGGAAAAUGAAGAUCUCCUCUGUGGUCUUCGCUCUCCUGACUCGAGCACUGCUUGGAGAUUUGUGUUUGGCCAUCAACGUCACCAUCACCCCAUCCCCCUUCACAGUGGCCCAGGAGGGUCAAAACAUCACUCUUACCUGUGUUGUGUCCCAGCGGCGCCGCAAUGCUGCUUUACCAGUGGUGAAAUGGACCUUCCUGCCAGAGGGCACAGACCAGCCAGAGGAUGAACUCCUCAUCGCUCGCGUCAAUAUGAGGAAGGCCCGUUUCUAUGGCAACUACACAAAGAGUUUCCCGUGGCCUAAAAUGAAGCUGACGGUGGUGAAGCAGGGGAAGAUAUUUGACCUGGUAAUCUUGAAUGUGUCCGAGGGGGACCGGGGGCUCUACAUGUGCCGGGUGCAGGAGUUUAAAAAGCACCAGGACCGCUGGAAGGCCUCUUCAAACUGCACCGCCGCCACUGAGCUCAGAGUGCACGUCCUACCGGCCACCAAGGCCAAAGAAAGCCUGUGGAGCUUGUUUGAAGAUGUGUACCUGUGUGCAGUGCUGAUCUGCUCAGUGGGUUUGCUGUGUAUGUGCAUGUUCACAGUGACAGUAACCUGUCAGUACAUACAGAGGAAGCAGAGGUUAAAAGAUAAUUACCACUUGGUCAAAAGCCCACAGAACAGCUCAGGAGAAACAGUCACCAGUGUGGUCAGUGUAUCUCCUGCUCUGCCUAAGAAGGAGAGGAGGUACAGGAAGAAAAGGAGCAGAGACUACCAAGAGGAGAUACCACCAGAGAUACCGGCAAAAGCUCCCAUUGGAGACAAAACACGGAAACCCAAACUUUUAAAACCACAACCGAGGAAAGUAGUGCUGCCAAAGAUAGUGGAGGAGAAUCUGACCUACGCAGAGCUGGAUCUGGUGAAGCCUAUUCCGGAAACCAAGGCCUCGUGUAGCGGCACUGUGUACGCUCAGAUACUAUUUGGGGAGCAGCAGCUAUGAGAGAAAAACACACACACCACUAAUAACUGUGCCUUAUGUAAAAAGUAUUGUCUAUUUAUACGCUGUAUUAAGGGCAAAAUGUGUAAUGUCUCACAAUUAUGACUUCAUUGUACAUAUGAUUUUAUGUUCUUUGAUAUAACUUCCCUUUAAUGAGACCAAGAUGCAAAAGGUAUACUGGAGUAUUUCAUGUUGAUUUUUUUUCUUUUGCACCAUGUUUGAAUCCUGUGUAGCUUAAACUGGGAACACAAUAGAAAACUAUGAUGCUGACUGAGACCAGAUUUGUCCUAAAUGACAGUCGGAGUGGGAUUUACAGGUUAAUCUGAGCAUUUACAUUGAACAAUAAACAAUUAGACAUUUUAGGGAUGCUCAUUCAUUUCCUUCAAAGAGUUAGAUGAGGCAGUUGGUAUCACUCCCAUGUCUGUACGUCAAGAAUGGAGCUAGAACAAAGAGUGGAAGCAUAGACAAGUAUAGAAAUAUCCUGGAUACAGACGUUGCCAUCUUGUGCUUUUGGAGCUAGAGUCUGCCCAGUAGCUCAGCUACUUCCCACCCAUACACCCAUUUGACCCAAUAGCGAGCGGCACCUUUAAUUGCGGGCACACCAACCGGCACAUACAGCUGUCAAUCAUGUCACCACACCCCCUUUUUAUAGCAUCAAAUAACUAAUUAAAAUCAGACUUUUCAGAAAAGUGUACACUUGAACAUACGUUAGCAUGGUAAGAACUACCUAUAAUGUAGAAAACAUCUUUGGGAAAAAAUAAUUUGACAAGUAAUGUUACUUCAAUUUUUCAUGUCCCAUCUGUCAGCAUGAGGGGUUUUUGACCUAUACUGCAGCCAGCCACCAGAGGGCAAUCGUAAUAUUUUGGCUUCACUUUAUACAGCAGGGAGGCAGCCGGGCUUUGAAGACAAUUUUUGUAGUGGCCAAACAGUGGAAUUGCAAUAUCUGGAGCCUAAAAAUACUUUUUCCCCAUUAACUUACAUUGUGAGACAGAUUUCUGUAGACAGGAGUUUCACAACCCACUUGAAAUGACUUAUUACACUAUUGGGAUUUAAUCCACUGGUCCAAUACCAUCGGGAAAGCCCCGAAGAGCCACACAAUUGAAUCAUUUAAUCUCUAUACAAGUUAGCAGAGUGCUAAACCAGCUCGGGUGGCUGAAGUCUCUGGUGCGCCUGCUUUAUGGGCCGCACAAUGCGAAAGCAGCGCCGAUCAUCCAGGUGAUUUCAUAGGUGUUAGUUGAACCAUUUAGGCUUCAUGUGCCACUGAGCUGAACUUUCAUAGGCAAGAAUGGGGCCCAAUGCUGUAUCCAGGUCUCUUUAUACAUCCAUGAUACACAGUCACUGACUGUGAAAACAGCUAGCCUGGCUCUAGCUAGCUAACUAGCUAAUAAAGCUAGGUUAAAUUAGGCCUAUGUGCUGUAACUGUUUCUCACCAGCGUCUCCUGGCUGUUGAAAAAUGAAAAAAAUAUGCACGUAACUCCCUGUAAAACCACAGAUUUUUGUAUUUGUGUAUGGAUAAGACAAAAUAGAUAAAUUAAUUAGUGAGUUUUAGUGUAUUUUUAAACUUGCUGUUAACCCCCUGAUCUGGCGUUUGGGACUUUCCCAAGCUAAGCUAAUAGCUUCAUACUUCAUGUACAGACCCAUGAGAGGUAAGUAACAAUCAUCUCAUCCAAGCUAUUUACCAAAAUGUUGAACUAUUCCUUUAAAAUUAUAACUACGUAUUAUUUUAGAUAGUUGCAUUUUAAUACAUUAAAAACAUGAAGGCUUUUUAUGUAAGCAGAAAUUGCAAUGCUAUACUAGUUCCUAUGAGAUCCUUAACUCUAUGUUAUUUCUUAAGUCUGUUGCUUAAACUCACUGACACAGUGAAUUGUGGGAAAUCCCAGCUAGGGUAAACAGAUUUAUGAAGGAGGGACGUAGUAAAUUCAAGACAUCCGUUGUUACGGAUGUAUACUAAUGCAUUUUCAAAUGUGAUUUACUUCAAGUGUGUUCCCAGUGUUAUCUGCCUCACCACAUCUGUGUUUAGUGUGUUUCUGUGUGUCAGACUGUAGUUUAUCAUGACCACAACUCCACAGAGUUGAUAUUAAAAUAGCGAUUAGCCCCCGGACCUCCCCUCACGGGCAAGUAUGUGAGACCAUGCGAGCCCUUUCAUCUGGUGCCAACAUCAACUUAACAGGCUGUUAGCGACACACACAUGAACAUAUACAAAGGUGGAGUAACAUAGGCUUAACUCCCUCGUAGACACACUCACACAAAGGCACAUAGUGUAAAUCCAAAAAACUGAAAACAACUGUGACACCUGAUCUACAAACAGAGACAAACUAAGGCCUGUGUUUGGACUGGUUCACAUUAACAAAGUCUUAGUUUACUCCAAAUCUUAAGGUGAUUUUGUUGUUUGAGAUGAGAUAAGAGCCAGAAGCCAUAUCAGCUCUACUCCCACAUACCUUGGUACGGUUUCCUUGCUUUCUCACUUUCCGUGAAUCUGAGUGUGAAAGUGCUUAGGCUUCUUUUUCCAUCUAAUGAUGCUCUGGAUUCAGGCAUGGAAAAGCAGAGGAGAGUUUUUUAAACAGUGAACUUGAAACCCAGACACAAAGGCACCGGAUCCCUCCCUUCCCCCAAGACUUUCACUAUCUUAUGUGGAGUUAUCCAUGCAGAUGGAGCCCCACACAAAUACGAGUCUCAAUCUCUGCUCCAGCCCAGUUGCCAGAGGAAAAUGUUGGCAGUGUACAUUUCUGCAAACCACAAAUACAUUACAUUUGUACAUUUUAUACUUAUCAUAUCAGUGUUUGUAGAGUGAUGUAAUAUAAGCUGACUUUGUCACCAGGUGGUGGAGGGAAUGGUGGAUGAUGUGUCACCUAGGCCUAUGCCAAACUGCAGACUACUACAGACCACUUUUUGAGACCAAAAAAACCCCAAACAGCUGUGAUUUAGUGAAUCAUGGCUGUGUUUCCAGCAUCUUUGUAGGGACCAUAUGUGGGUGUUUUGUAGCAACCCCUUGCUGUUUUUCCAGCAACUUUUUAGGCAUGAAAAAUUGUUAUUUUACAAAGACAUUGUUGCUUUUCCCCCCAAGACUGCGGACAAAAAGUAGUUGUUUUUUUACUAAGACAGCUCUGCCUCACCUCCCAUGAUAGUAGCCCAAAAACUGAUUGCUUUUUUACCGAGACGUCGCCACUUUUCCUGCUGGAAUCAAGCUCCUCAAACGGAGUACUUCAAGCCGAACAUGAUCUUUUCCUAACCAUACCCACAUGGUUUUUGUGACUAACUAGGCUGACCAAACGUCCUCUUUUGCCCGGACAUGUCCACUUUUCACGUCCUGUCUGGGGCGUCCCGGGGCGUCCGGGGUUUUUUUUUAUAAACUGAUGAUAAUGUCCGGUUUUCCGUGUGUUUGUGUGUGUGUGUGUGUUAGAGUGCAGCACGGGCCGCAUAUUUCUGUCCGAACCCGAACCGAGCCUGACAUUAUUUAAUGACCUAAGCACUGAGUUUGUGUCACACAGUGGUUACAGGCCGGGUGCUCAGCUGCGGAGAGGGAGACCUCCGUGUUUGAGACGGGAGCGAGCGGCGGGAGGUCCGAGGCUUCCAGCGAGGGGAGAGGGAGAAAUAUAACAAAAUAAGAUAAAAUACGACAAACCUGUCUCCCUCUUUUAUUUUAUUUUCAGCGUUUAAUCAAGGCGGAGGCGGGCGGCUGGAGGUCCGAGACUUCCAGCGAGGGGAGAGGUAGAAACAAAUAGCCAAUGUGUGUCUGUGUGUGUUAUGUUCAGGUGUUGUCACGUAAAUAACAGUGCCCAAGCAAUAAACAGGACAGACAAUAGGAUUCUAUUUAUUUUUACACUACAUUUUCACUGAAAGCUGACUGAAUCCGACCCGAGCCCGAAUACAAUUUAUAGCUACAUUUUUGACCAAACCCGGCCCGGCCUGUCGGGUACCGUCAGGCUCGGAUUGCCACACUCUAGUGUGUGUAUGUGUCCCUAUUGGGGCCUAUCUGAAUUUCUGUCUUUGAGAGAUAUUAUUUUGUAAUAUAACUGAAUUUUCUAUGCAUACAUAUAAAUUUUAAAUAUAUUAAAAUUAUAAGGCAUCUUUGAGUAAACUGCGAGUAUCAUUUAAGUAGGCUAUGUCGUGUCCUCUUUUUUGGAAAUCAAAAUAUGGUCACCCUAGACUAAACCUAACACAUAUUAACCACAGUGUUGUUGAAAUGUAAAGUUUCAACGUAUCCACAACAUUAUAACGUACAAAUAUAACAUAUCUAUGGUUUGCAUAUACUGUCAAUGCCAACAUUUUAUCUGGCAACUGGGUUGUUAGCCCCCUUUUCGUCGUGUGUGUUAGCUAAACCAGCUACAUAUCUGGUAACCAGUAGUUAGAAAGUAUUUAGGCACUUGAGUUAAAUGAUUUGACUUUUAUGUAAAACAUUUAAGAGUGAACUUAUACGUGGUAUUUGAUUUUUAGUUUUGCAGCAACUUUAUGAGUAUCUGUGUUGCAACUGUGGUUAGCUAGCUAACAGCUGAUGACAUUUAUUGGAUUGCUGUGACAAAAGAGUCAGUCUACAGUCACAAAAAGACAGAAGUCUACUUAAAAUUGUCAAGAAAGCCAAAUUGUUUGUUGUAUUCUCAAUCAACAGUUGUUGCACAGAAGUUGAUUUCCAAUACGCCAGCCAGGAGACUCUCAAAAAAACCCCACCAAAUACAGUACAGGACAAAGAUUUCUAGCCAUCACCACAACUUUAUAACCCAUUUUUACAGCAGGCUGGCGGUUGUGGACUUUGACAUUCUGUUUCCCUGCCUAAUACAUUUCAAUUCAAACCACUAUCAACCUCCACUUGUCACCAGUCCAAUUUUCCAUUGUUGUUCCCUCUUGUAUUAUUCAGUUGCACAGUGUGUAUUAUCCGUGUAUGAAAUGACUGAAAGUGACCUUUCAGUAGUGGGCAGAAGUGUCUUAAAAAUGCCCUGAGACUGUGAAAUGUAAAGUUUCUUCCAGACCACAUUGUCCUUAAUGGGAAUCCACUAACUAGAACCAUGUGUGUGAAUUGUGCCUCUCCCUCUCUCCUCUCCCUCUCCCUGCCCACCACUGACCUCUGCAUUCAUCAGCAUUCCAGCAUUUCCUCUCUUGUUCAUUUUGUACAUUUCAUCUGUACAGUAGUGUGUAUCAGUAAGUGAAAUAAAUAUAAAAGCUGAUGUAA